CUAAAGCAGACUUUGAGAAGAAGCUGUCAAACUCUAUUCGGUGUAUUUGUCAGAAGAGGUGACAAGAACAGAAAAAACAUGAAGCAAAGCUAUGAAGAAAUCUUUUAAUAACAGAACCAAGGAGUCUAACACUGAAAAAUCAAGCAUUUUAUCAGAUUCCUGUAUUUUCUCAAAGGAGACAGUAAACAUAAACCCCAAACCUUUCUCGUGUUCUGAAUGUGGAAAAUGUUUUUCCACCAAUGCAGUGCUUGUCCGUCACCAGAGAACUCACACAGGAGAGAAACCGUUCUCAUGUAUUGAAUGUGGAAAAUGUUUUGCCACUAAAUCAAAUCUUGUUUGUCAUAAGAUAACUCACACAGGAGAGAAACCGUUCUCAUGUUCUGAAUGUGGAAAAUGUUUUGCUACUAAAGCAAAUCUUGUUUGUCAUAAGAGAACUCACACAGGAGAGAAAACGUUCUCAUGUAUUGAAUGUGGAAAAUGUUUUGCCACUAAAGCAAGUCUUGUUUGUCAUCAGAGAACUCACACAGGAGAGAAACCGUUCUCAUGUUCUGAAUGUGGAAAAUGUUUUGUCAAUAAAGCAGAUCUUGUCCGUCAUCAGAGAACUCACACAGGAGAGAAACCAUUCUCAUGUUCUGAAUGUGGAAAAUGUUUUAGUCAACAUGGAAGUCUUGUUAUACAUCUGAAAACUCACACAGGAGAGAAACCUUUUUUGUGUGCUGAAUGUGUAAAAUGUUUUUCCACCAAUGCUGAGCUUAUCCGUCAUCAUAGAACUCACACAGGAGAGAAACUGUUCUCAUGUCCUGAAUGUGGAAAAUGUUUUAGUCAACGUGGAAAGCUUGUUGCACAUCUGAAAACUCACACAGGCGAGAAACCAUUCUCGUGUUCAGAAUGUGAAAAAUUAUUUUCUUUUAAACAUCAUCUUGUUACACAUCAGAGAACUCACACAGGGGAGAAACCGUUCUCAUGUUCUGAAUGUGGAAAAUGUUUUAGUCAACAUGGAAGUCUUUUUACACAUCUGAAAACUCACACAGGAGAGAAACCGUUCUCAUGUUCUGAAUGUGGAAAAAGAUUUGGGAGACAUUCAGAACUUGUCCGUCAUCAGAGAACUCACACAGGA